UGUUAAUGGAAAUUUGAAAUACCUUUGUAAAAUCUACCAAGAAAGUAGACCGCAAAAGCGAAUAUUACAUCCAGAAAGGAAGAGAGCUUUUAGUAGAUGAGAAGAAUCUUCAAGGCUGGAUCUUCCGCAAUUGGGACCUGGAAACUCCUUUCCCUGAGGAUCUAAGAAACAGAUUUGUCAUCACUUCUUACUUUAAAUUUGUAAAGAAGAUAAGAUUUUGCCCUCCUCAAAACAUUGUUACUUCAGACCUGAAGUCGAUGAAUCUCAUCAAGGCCGAUAUUCAAUAUAGCCAUGAUUGUUCUUGGAUUAAGAAAGGUCCAAACUCUUCAGAUACAAGCAGGGAUCUCAUAUUUUGGAAACAAUGUAAAUAAUGUACACUGUGGCAAUUCACGUUUUAGAGUGAGUAUCACCAACAAAUUUUACAAAAAUGUCUUAUUCAAGACACUAAGCAUGAGUCUUAAUUUCUUCGAUGUUGUCAAUUUCAAGCUCGGUCCAAGAGAUAUUUCAAAAAUCCUCAUAACAGGGAGGCAUUUAGACUGCCUGCAUUUCUCUAGAUGUACCUUACCAGUCCAGGAAUUCCCAAAGAACCCUCCUCCCUCCCUUAGUUCCCAUAUUUGUUCAGUCUGGUUUGCCGACUGUAGGAGUGGAGUGACUGGAUUAGAAGAAGAGUAUUAUGAGGUGGCGUGAGGAGUUGUUCAGCAGGUGCUGAAGGGAUGUGAGUGGAUGGGAGAUGUGGCUUUUACUAUCAAAAAUACACCUAAAUUCUCCAUCCUCAAGCAAAUCUUAACUAACAUUAACGAUACACCAACCCCCACCAGAAUCCCUAUGAGAAUUUACAUUGAGCAAAAUUACCAAUGGAGCACUGUUUAUGCCAGUCCAAGAGAAGACAAAGUUAAGGAUUAA